GGGGGCAGGGACUGAGGAGUCUGAGGUGGGGAACCGGGAGUUUCUGGAUUCUUGAUCCGGUGUUUUAAGGGCUGCCGGAGGGCUGUCGCGUCUGCCGUGUCUAGGAGCGGCCGUGGCUGGGCGGUCGGCGGCCGCGGCGGUGCGGAGAUUAAGAAAGUUAGCCUGAGUUUUAUGAAAAACCAGAGAAGAGAAACUAAGGACAGUAGACAAAGUUUUUCCAGUUUGCACAAUAUUUCCUUCAUGGAUACUUUUUCAUAGCAUUAUUAUGUGAUGUAAGAAUUUUUUUUGAAGUAACAUGGAUUUUAUACUACCAAAUCUCAAGAGAAUUGCCUUUAUAGGAAAAAUUGAUUUAUAGAAAUUGGUGCAAGUUCAUAUAGAUAACCAUGACAACAUCCCAUAUGAAUGGGCAUGUCACAGAGGAAUCAGACAGUGAAGUAAAAAAUGUUGGUCUUGCAUCACCCGAGGAGCAUUCAAAGCACCGAGAGAUGGCUGUGGACUGUCCUGGAGAUUUGGGCACCAGGAUGAUGCCGGUUCGGCGAAGUGCACAGUUGGAACGUAUUCGGCAACAGCAGGAAGACAUGAGACGUAGGCGAGAAGAAGAAGGGAAAAAACAAGAACUUGACCUUAAUUCCUCCAUGAGACUUAAGAAACUGGCUCAAAUUCCUCCAAAAACUGGAAUAGAUAACCCUAUAUUUGAUACAGAGGAAGGAAUUAUCUUAGAAAGUCCUCAUUAUGCUGUGAAAAUAUUAGAAGUGGAAGACUUGUUUUCUUCACUUAAGCAUAUCCAACACACUUUGGUAGAUUCUCAGAGCCAGGAGGAUAUUUCACUACUUUUACAACUCGUACAAAAUAGAGAUUUCCAGAAUGCAUUUAAGAUACACAACGCUGUUACAGUACACAUGAACAAAGCCAGUCCUCCGUUUCCUCUUAUCUCCAAUGCACAAGAUCUUGCACAAGAGGUACAAACUGUUUUGAAACCAGUUCAUCAGAAGGAAGGACAAGAAUUAACUGCUUUAUUGAAUGCUCCACAUAUUCAGGCUCUUUUAUUGGCCCACGAUAAGGUUGCUGAGCAGGAAAUGCAGCUAGAGCCCAUUUCAGAGGAGAGAGUUUAUGAAAGCAUUGGCCAGUAUGGAGGAGAAACUGUAAAAAUAGUUCGUAUAGAAAAGGCUCGUGAUAUUCCAUUGGGUGCUACAGUUCGCAAUGAAAUGGAAUCUGUGAUCAUUAGCCGGAUAGUAAAAGGUGGUGCUGCUGAGAAAAGUGGUCUGUUACACGAAGGAGAUGAAGUCCUGGAGAUUAAUGGCAUUGAAAUUCGAGGGAAAGAUGUCAAUGAGGUUUUUGACAUAUUGUCUGAUAUGCAUGGUACUUUGACAUUUGUUCUGAUACCCAGUCAGCACAUCAAACCUCCUCCUGCCAAAGAAACUGUAAUCCAUGUUAAAGCUCAUUUUGACUAUGACCCCUCAGAUGAUCCUUAUGUUCCAUGUCGAGAGUUAGGUCUGUCUUUUCAAAAAGGGGAUAUUCUUCAUGUGAUCAGUCAAGAAGAUCCAAACUGGUGGCAGGCCUACAGGGAGGGGGAUGAAGAUAACCAACCUUUAGCUGGGCUUGUUCCAGGAAAAAGCUUUCAACAACAAAGGGAAGCCAUGAAGCAUACCAUAGAAGAAGAUAAGGAGCCAGAAAAAUCAGGAAAACUAUGGUGUGCAAAGAAAAAUAAAAAGAAGAGGAAAAAGGUUUUAUAUAAUGCCAAUAAAAAUGAUGAUUAUGACAAUGAGGAAAUCUUAACUUAUGAGGAAAUGUCACUUUACCAUCAGCCAGCAAAUAGGAAAAGACCUAUCAUUCUGAUUGGUCCACAGAACUGUGGCCAGAAUGAAUUGCGUCAGAGGCUCAUGAACAAAGAAAAGGACCGCUUUGCAUCUGCAGUUCCUCAUACAACUCGGAGUAGGCGAGACCAUGAAGUAGCUGGUAGAGAUUACCACUUUGUUUCACGGCAAGCAUUUGAGGCAGACAUAGCCGCUGGAAAGUUCAUUGAGCAUGGUGAAUUUGAGAAAAAUUUGUAUGGAACCAGCAUAGAUUCUGUACGGCAAGUGAUCAACUCUGGCAAAAUAUGUCUUUUAAGUCUUCGUACACAGUCUUUGAAGACCCUCCGGAAUUCAGAUUUAAAACCAUAUAUUAUCUUCAUUGCACCCCCUUCACAAGAAAGACUUCGAGCAUUAUUGGCCAAAGAGGGCAAGAAUCCAAAGCCUGAGGAGUUGAGAGAAAUCAUUGAGAAGACUAGAGAGAUGGAGCAGAACAAUGGCCACUACUUUGACACAGCAAUUGUGAAUUCAGAUCUUGAUAAAGCCUAUCAGGAAUUGCUUAGGUUAAUUAACAAACUGGACACUGAACCUCAGUGGGUGCCAUCCACUUGGCUGAGGUGAAGGAAACAUCCGUUCUCCAGCAUAAUUGGAUUUGAUCUGUCAAGCUGUCAACAGGAAGAUAUCCUGAUACUUCAGCAAGAUUGAAGAUAAGGUGAAGGCAGCAGUGUAAGCUGUAGACCUGGUUUUCAUCCUUACAUCCCUUAAACUAGUGAAAAGAAAGUUCCCUUAGGCAACUUUGUGCACAGCUUUCUUCAUUCUCUGCAAAUGGCUUUUUAAAGGUUCUUGCCUCAUUUUGGGAUUCUAAAUGGAAGCUUUCAACACAGCAGUUCCAUUUUAUCCUCUUAAAACCUUUUGUUUUCACCUAAGUCUUUUCUGCUUGGCUAUAUUUCUAUAAAAAAAAAAAAAAACUUGUAUGUAUGUACACAGUAGUCCAUGUCUCAUGUACUUAUAAAUAUUGAUGUCAUUUAACACUUAAAUGACUUCAUGGGAAUAUUUUGAAGGGACUGUGCUUUUCUGCAUUGGGCAAAAAACAGUACUGGCUUAGGAGUCUGGUUUAGUCAAAAGAAGUACUUUCCUGAAAAAGAAAAGAAGAAAAAACAAAAUGGUGCCACUCUGGUUUGGAGCUACUUUGUUUAGGCUUGAAUUUAUUUGUAUUGUCUUUUUCCUCUAACAAAAAACAAAAAAAGCAUUCUGUUAGAAGCACCAGCUUUUCAACCCAAGCUUAGUGGCUCAGACUGCACCCCCAGCAGACUGUAAUCCAGUUAAAGGCUUACAGAUUAUGCUGAUCUUUUAUAAUUUGAUUUUUUUCUUAAAUUAUUACAAUGAUUUGAUAGCCUCACUUCCUUUCUUUGAUCUGCAUAGUACAAAAGACUAUUAGAUUUUUAUGAAUGGCAUUAAUAUAAAACUGUGUUGACUCUUAAAAAGUUUCUUCCUCAUGAUGCAAAUAGUUUUUUAUAUACAUGGGAGGACAUAACACAUUUGACCAUUUCUGCAUUUUUAUACAUGAGCACCAUAAAAGUCUAUGGCUAUGCUAUAUAUGUAGGUAAUAAACUGGAAUUAUGUUGAUAAAUAUAGCUGCUGUACUGUAUACUAAUUUUAACAGAUCGAUAAAUGGUCAUUGAUAACUUGUUCAGCAUUGGAAUAAAAUUUUAUAUACAUAUAAUUAUAUAUAUAUAUAUAUCUUAGGGAAAUACUAUGACAAUUGACUUUGAGAUCAGAAGGAAAGGAAGACCUGAAAGUCACUUGAACAUUUUAGGAAAAUAACAUUGUGAGGGGGCGGAGGGCAUUUGUUAAGCACAUAAAAAUGAGUUUUUAUCCCAAUAAGGUGUGCCUGUGAUGACGAGAAUGGAACAGCUUGCUAAAUCAUAAAAGCAAUGUUUAAGCUAAUGGGAUUUUUGUACUGUCUCUGUAGUUAUAGCUCAACAUUUAUUACUGGCAUGGAAAGUUGUAACCUUUUCAGGCCUUUAAGGAUAGUGUGUGUGACAAACCUCAAAUGUGAAUGCCUUGAUGUUAUUUUUAUGAUGACUUUAGCUACAGCAUUUCCUGCUCCCAAGCUAAACACUGGAAUAUACUGACUUAUCACUUAAUUUAACAUAAGCAGUUGUUUGUUUUUAAUGAGUAUUUUGUUUCAGUGUGAUGUACAUAUGAUUUUUUUCUCUUCCAUAUAAUUUUAUUUGAACAAAUGUAAACAGUUAUAUGUUGCCUUUUUUGUUCACAUUUGCGUAACUUAAGUUGGCUAGAGAGUGUGUCUUAUUUGGAAAUAUUUUAAGGUAAUGUUCCUUAGGAAGAAAGUAUCCUGGGGUUGAGGGAAGGAGUAUCAUAUACACGGUCUCUUCAAAUCUGAAACACUCCAGCUUAGGUCAGGAAAACACAAUGGUCACACCAAUGAUUGGCUUUGAAAACCAAGGCAUAUACUUAGCACUUAAUCUCAGUUUUCCAGUUUACAUUCUCUAGGCGUGAUAGGUAGUCUGGCCAACAGAAUUGUAUGAUCUGCUUUAAGUGUAACUGAUGAGUGUUUUCAGCAGUCCUGGUAGAGUGAGGUUUCAGGUGGUGUCAGUGAGUGGCUGUUGUGCCCCAGCAGACAGAGGGGAUUUACUAGGGCCAAGUGCUAUCAAGACUCAGACACACGGCUUUUAAUAAGCAGAUUUUAUACCAAGGUCCCUACCAUGCUAUGCUUUUGGGAAGUACAAGGUAACAUAUUUUCAGGGUCAUUAAAGUCCUAUAAUUCUCUUCUUAUAUUGCAUAGAAGAAAUGUCUGUGUCUCAAACUUUUUCUAAGUGAUAUGGAUAUGCUGAUAUUCAACACAGCCCCUAAACAAAGUGAAAACCAUUGUUGCUGCCUUCCUCAAAAAAAAUGAGGAUAAAAGCACCUUGUUGUGUACCUAGUUGUACAGCAGCUCUGGCCAGUUCCGUUUCCUGUCCCUCUAUGGUUUUGAUUGGAGACCCCUGUGCAAGGGGGAAUCUUAACCACUGACAGAAAUGAUACUAAUAGCUAAGAAAUAUACUUGGAAAAUCCAAAUAAGGAAAUAGCUUCAUUUCCAAAUUUUCGUUAAGUCAGAACAAAUGGAAGGAGAAUAAUAUUUAAACUAAUCCAGAUUUGCUUUCUGUGAAAAUCUAGUGUCUGGAUUGUUCCCUUUUUUCAUGUUCUAAGGAAUAAGUAGUGAUAAGGAAUGAUUUGAAUGUAAUUUUGUGAAUGUGUGUGGAAACAUAAACCAGGGAUUUAGCCUUAAUAAAGGUGGCCUUUCUGGCAUCUGUUGUAAUCUGCCUUUCUACUCUCUUGCCUUGUAUCUGCACUCUUGUUAUUUCGAGAUGUCAUACUACAUGCUGUAUUGUACAAAUAAAAGGAAAAAUAUAUUUCAAAUUUUAAA